AUGGCCGCGACGGAAGCGCUCUGCUGCGUUCGGAUGGAGACGCCGCCGUUGCGUCUGCGCCCCCGUACCCACCCCGUGGCGGAGGAGAGCGACAUUUUUACCAAAACUGUUGUCAUUCCUCCUGCUAAAGGGCAACUUUAUUUCUUUAUCACCACCAAUUCGCAAAAGCAUUGGCCAGGAACUCAGCCCCAGCCGAAGAGCAGGAAAACAGGGGACAUUGAAGGCAAUUCUCAGGAUUCCCAUGGUUUGGUCAUGUGGGCCUUCGUUGUUCCAAAUGGCAUAGACGUCGCUGCCAGUCAUAUCAUGGUGCACAUUCAGGGUAUGGCAGUUGCCCCCAGCAUCACCAUUGCAAGGACAGAGAGGCUAGCUGGAGACUUAGGACCUAUCCAUAUGGCAGAUAAAACAUGUUCUGCCAAGGCACUAUACACAGAACUACAGACUCUGACGGCACCUGCUCCAUUUGCAGACGAAACAAGCUGUCAGUGCCGAGCCCCGCAUGAGAAGCUCACCAUUGCACAAGCCCGCCUGGGAACACCAGUUGACAGACCUGUCAGAGUGUAUGCAGAUGGGAUAUUUGACCUCUUCCACUCUGGCCAUGCUAGAGCUCUUAUGCAAGCCAAAACUCUCUUCCCAAAUAGCUACUUACUAGUAGGAGUUUGCAGUGAUGAUUUAACUCAUAAAUUCAAAGGCUUCACUGUGAUGAGUGAAACUGAGCGAUACGAAGCCCUCAGACACUGUCGUUAUGUGGAUGAGGUCAUCAGAGAUGCACCCUGGACAUUGACACCCGAGUUCCUUGAAAAGCAUAAGAUUGACUUUGUAGCCCACGAUGACAUCCCAUACUCCUCUGCUGGCUCGGAUGAUGUAUACAAACACAUAAAGGAGGCAGGAAUGUUUGUACCGACGCAGAGAACCGAAGGUAUCUCCACAUCAGAUAUCAUCACAAGGAUCGUCCGGGACUACGACGUGUACGCCCGGCGCAACCUCCAACGAGGAUACACCGCCAAAGAGCUGAAUGUUAGUUUUAUAAAUGAGAAGAAAUAUCGCUUUCAAAACCAAGUGGACAAAAUGAAAGAAAAAGUCAAGAAUGUGGAGGAAAAAUCAAAAGAAUUUGUUUACAAGGUGGAAGAGAAGAGCCAUGACCUCAUUCAGAAAUGGGAAGAAAAGUCCAGGGAAUUUAUUGGCAACUUUUUAGAGCUGUUUGGGCCCGAUGGAGCCUGGCCGAGCAUCGCCUGCGACUCAACCCCCAGUGCUCCAGCCAAGGUUGGGCCUUCUCAUUCCCCAUCCCCAGGAGGAGCAGCCAGGCACUCGCACUUGGCCUUUUCCAUGUGAAGCCGGCAGCUGCCACGCAGUCCAUGCCAGAUCGGAAACCCGAAGCGUGAGGCUAUGUAGGCACUAACAAGCAGCAGCAUUUGCCUCGGUGCAGCAGGCUGCUUGGCUGGAAAGGCGGUCUCUUCCACCCCACCAGCUCUGGCAGGUCUCCACUCAGCUUCACAAAGCAAAAAUGACAAUAAAGCCCAAAGCA